AUGAAGGCACAGGGCGGCGGCGGUGGAAUCGUCGCCCCCGCGGGAGGCGGUGAAGGUGGUGAAGAUGCGACGUCGACCAUGCCGUCGAUGGGCGGCGACAGCGGUGGCAUAGCAGUCACAGAAGGCGCUGGCAUGGAUGGACCGGUUUCGAUGAACGGACCGCCAAAGGCAAAGAAGCAACAGCAGAAGGUAAUCACGGGCAAGGCUCGGCGCAUGCUUCGCGACGUUAUGGACGAACUGCGACGCGUGGCCACUGUUGACGUGAGUGGGAAGAACCUCGGCGACGAGGGUGCGUGCUUCAUCGCGGAAGCGUUUGCGUACAACAAUGUCGCCUCGUGCGUGGACAUGAGCGCAAACGGUAUCGGUCUCGACGGUACCACCGCCCUCUGUGAGGCGCUCAAGUGCAACGACACGCUCACGAUGCUUUCGCUGGCGAGCAAUCCGAUCGGCGACGACGGCGCCAAGGUCUUGGCGGAGUACCUGAAGGUUGACAAGAAAAUCACGACGCUCAACCUGAACGCGUGCUCCAUCGGCGACGAAGGCGCCAAGGCCAUCGCGGAGGCCCUCAAGAUGAACACAACAAUAAUUUCGCUCGAGAUGAACAAUAACAUGGUCGAUUACGAGGGUUCGGGGGCAAUGGCUCAGGCUCUGGCGCAGAAUACCACGUUGGAGCUGCUGGCUUUGAACGGGAACUACGUCGGCGCGCUCGGCGCCUCCUCGUUCGGAGCCGCGCUCAAGGAAAACACGGGUCUACGCUCGCUCCAGCUCAAUGGGAACGACAUCGGGAACGAGGGUUGUAUCAAAUUGUGCGAGGGUUUGGCGGCGCGCUCGGAGAAGAUCAACAAUCUAGACCUCGGGAACAACUCGAUCGGACCGGCUGCGGGACCGGCGCUUCGCGAUUACCUCAAGGUUGAUGACUCUUUGACACAUCUCAACUUGUACAUGAACGAGCUCGCGAACGAUGGCUGUGCCGCGAUCGCCGAAGCGCUCAAGGAUAACAAGAAGAUCGAGAUGCUCGACAUCGGUGGCAACAACAUUGGCGGUUACGGCGCCGAGCAACUCGCGCUCGCGCUUCGAGACAACUCGUCGCUGACCACGCUUGAACUCGGUUAUAACCCGAUCGGCGUGCCAGGCGGCAAAGCUUUGGCGGAGACCGUCAAGUUCCACGGAGCCUUGGGUACGAUGCGCAUGGGGUGGUGCAAGAUUGGCAAGGAGGGCGGUUUCGCGUUUGCGGAGGCAAUCAAGUAUUCGCAGUCUCUCGCCGUUUUGGACCUACGCGGGAACGAUCUGGGUGACGACGGUGUCGCCGCGCUUUCGCAGUCUCUGGCCGUUGUGAAUGAAGUCCUGACCAAUUUGGACCUUGGCUACAACGAAAUCAAGGACAAGGGCGCGUUCGCGCUCGCGCAGGCGAUCAAGAACAACGCCGAGGGCUCGCUGCAGACGCUCAGCAUCAACAACAACUAUCUCACCAAGUUCGGCGAGGUCGCGCUCACCGAGGCGGUCGAACUCGUGGAGGAGAUGAACCCGGAUCGAGAUCUGUACAUUCAGUUCUAA